AACCCAUACAAUCCACUGUACGCUACCUACACACCAACUGAAGACCACCUGUUCGUUCCUAUGGGCGUGUUCACCCCGCCCGUCUUUCGCAACAGCCAAAAGAAUCGUAUAUUUGCCGCAACGUCUGGCUACCUGGUGAUGGCCGGAGUCAUGAAAGCCUUGACAAUGAGCGGGGCCAUGGUCGUGCCCAACCAGCAGAUGGGUGAGAACUGGGUUGGAUACUCGUGGUCAAGAAAAAUGGAAAAGUACGCCCUCUGCCUCUCGACAGACCGGAAGGAUAACUCCUCAAUCAUGGCAGCCAUGGACAUACCCCUCCUCGCAGCUGUAAUACCGGCGUACAGGUACUUCAAGCGUAUGGUUCUCGAAAAGGCGUUCCCACGUCCGGAGUUCCGUAUCGAUUGGAUCAGUGACAUCAGCUCCACCCAGCUCUUCUUCUACAAAUGGGCCAUGUUGCACUGCGGCACGACUAUGGGAAAAGAGAUCAUCGACCUGAGCGCGAAGAACAGCCGGUACUUCCAUGAAGCCUUCAACUGCGAGCCAACAAGCAAGAUGUACAAAAGGAACACUUGCGAUCUCUGGAACACCACGAGGAGGGACUACUGA